UCACCACCCUUCAGAGGCACGUGCCCUGACCAGCUUGCUGCUCGUCCCUCUGUCAUCGCCGUUUUAUCCCUGUGGUGGGUUGUGUGUUGAGCAAGUGGCCCCCUUUUAGAGAGAAAAUACACUUCUUCCUGGUCGACACUGGGGAUGCUGCUCCAGGUCUGGGUUUAAAGGACUGCGCGGCAUGUCUUUUGUUACCGUGGAUGGUGAGCAAGCAGUCAGCAGGGAGCUAAACUUUGACAGCGUUCUUUAUUAUUUUAGUCAGUGUGGGAACCCAGGGAUGAACAGGUCACAAACUGGCAGCCUGUGAGCCCUGGAAACAUCCAGUGCUUUUUCCAGCACGUUUGUCAUACACAGACACACAUGAUCUUACAUAAUGGGAUCGUACCACACAUGCCGUUUUUACCUCUCACGCCCCUCCCCUGCAGGCAAGCCACAUUCUCACACAAUCCUUUAUAGCCCCUGCAAACACCCAGGUUUCAGUCAUUGUGUUUUGAGAAGAGAUUAGAUUGUCAUAUCCUGUAUCUCCUGUUUAGUGUUACCAUGUGGAGAUUGCCCCUACGCUGUCUGAUGCAACUCCAGAUUCAUUCUUGGAAGGCUGGUCAGGAGCCCCUGGCGUGGCCGGCUGGGUCUCUGCAUUUGUUCCGUCGGCCAACGUGACCAGAGCUGUGGAGAGCGCCAUGGCACACGUGUUGGUGCUUUAAUUUCUGUGGGCUACACCCCAGAAGCAGAAUUUUUGGUCCAAACAGUGGCAUCUUUAUUUCCAUCGUGCAUGGCCCCAUCGCCAUGCCACUAAGGACCCUGAGAGGCACGGGCUGCCCCAGGCUGGCGCUGUUUUCAGUUUCACCAGCCUGUUGGCUGUGCCACAGUUCUUCUCCAGUACUUCAGUUUGGAGCUCACACUUCCCUGAUCAUUUGGGCAUCUUCUACCUGUUGGCCGUUUGGCCGUUCUUUUCUGUGAAUUGUUGAUUUGUUGGGCCCAUUUUUCUUUUGGAUUGUUUGCUCUUUUCUUCACAGGCAUGAUUUUACUAGGGUUGCAAUAUGUUUUUUAAAAUUUCUGCAAACUUAGGGGUGCCUGGCUGGUUCAGUCAGUAGAGCGUGCAACUCUUGAUCUUGGGGUUGUGAGUUCAAGCCACGCAUUGGGUGUAGAGCUUACGUUAAAGAAACAAAAUAACUUUUAACUGUCAACAUUGAAGUCCAGAGCUGUCACAUAAAAGUCUGGAUUCUUGAUUGUAGGGAUUUGUGAGCCCUAACCCCAGGUGCCCACAUGGCGGCAUCCUGCGGCUACCAGCUGCCCCUCUUGGCGAGUAUGCACCCAGCCCUGAGUCUGCUGACUUGGGCUCCCUGCUUGAGGCCGUAGACCCCUAGGUUUUUGCCAUGUGGAUCCCUUAGCCUUGUGAAAAGUACUAGACCUUUUUUUCAGUGAUAAACUCACACAUUAGUAAUGACUUGGUGAGUUCCUAGUGAAGUUCUUGGCAAUCUCAGGUUUUAGAGGUUAUUGUUAUAAUUAAGAUUUGUAUUUAUUUUGUGGGGGGGUGCGUGCUCGCAAGUCGGGGGAGGGACAGAGGGAGAGAGAGAAUCUGCAGCAGACUCCCUGCUGAGCGUGGAGCCUGACCUGGGGCUCGACCUCACGACCCUGAGAUCGUGACUUGAGUCAAAACCAUGACCCCCCCCCCGCCGUCAGACGCUUAACUGACUGAGCCACCCAGGCGCCCCUGAGGUUUUAGGGAUUAUUUAAAACAACAGCUGCUUACCUUCUCAGAAUCUACAUCUGAAGAUGGUACUGUCUGUAAAGUGGUUAAAUUACGACAUUUUCCCGCUCUUACCAGUCUAGUAGCUGACCUUGGCUGUGCCCUUGGCAGCAUUCCAGGUGCACGGCGCUGAGUGUGAAAGAAUCCUGUGGCUGUCAUACCUUUUGCUCACUAUUCAGCCCUUUUAUUACCCAAAAUAAAAGAUUUGGGUUCUGAGAUAUUCUAAAUUCUGUUUUUGGCCAAAAAGUUGUCAUUUCCCCUCCUGUCCUUGAGCCUGGCCCCUGGACCGGAGUUGCCUCUGUCAGGAAACUGAGGUAAGCAGCCCCAGGCCUUGCGGGGAUGCCUGCUCAGCCUUCACUUUGAGGUGAGUCCUGAAUGGGUCACUGUGAACAGCCUUUUCCUUUUGGUUUUGCAAAACUUGACUGUAACGUGACUCACCGCAGGAAUUUAGACAAGCCGUGGGUCAGAUCGUAUCCGCAGAUGCGGCCGUGUGAAGAAGGCGUGUUUGGUGUCCCCUGACCACACGCUCGGAUUAUCCCUCAGUACAGUUCUGUGGACACGACUGCCCAUGUGCUCCUAUACCAUGUCCCGAGCAUAGCUGGAGCCUCGUGGGAGCUGAGGUUCCCUGAGCCUCAGAAUACUCAGCCCUGGCACUGACUUUAGAUUUAGUUCUUUUGUUGCUGCAAGUCACAGGUGAGCCGUUUUCCAGCUGGAUGCCUGGGGGGAGUGGCACACUGGUGGAGUGAGCACAGACCCCGUGCUUUGCCAGUGGGUCUUCCACCAGGCAGGACCAGGGCUCACGGUCGUCUCUCCAUCAGGAAAUAGCUCUUUCAACCUAGAAGGUUCAACAGAGGCUUCCUUGCCCCUGGAGAAGGAGGAGCAGGUCCGACUUCAGGCUCGGAAACGGCUAGAAGAACAGCUCAAACAAUACAGGGUGAAGCGCCAGCAAGAAAGAUCCAGUCAGCCUGCGGCUAGAACGAGACUAUCUAGUACACUUGACCCGGAGCUCAUGUUGAACCCAGAAGCCUUGCCCCGGGCCAGUGCUGUGGCCCUGACAAAGGAGUAUUCCUUCCUGCGCACCAGUGUCCCUCGAGGCCCAAAGGUGGGCAGCUUAGGGCUCCUGACACAUCCUAAAGGGAAAAAAAGUUCCAAAUCAAGCAAAAUUCGGUCUCUGGCUGAUUACAAAACUGAAGACGAAGGUUCUGGGAGUUCUGGUGGAAACGUUCCGGCUGUAGACUCUGCCAGGGGCUCUCUGAAGCAGAACCGCAGCAGUGUGGCGUCCGUGGUGUCUGAGGUUAGCCUGUGUCCUGAGGCCGACGAUCACCUGGAGAAUGCAUCCCUGACGGGUGACAACACGUCUGAGGCCGAUGGGAAUGAGAGCGACAGCUCCUCCCACAGCAGCAUGUCUACCCGCGGGACAUGUGGGCUUCUGGUGAACACCGUGGGCACUCGAGAAGCCUCCUAUGUGGUCAACGGCCAAGAGAUUGCCGCUGGUGCGCUGGGCCAGUUCCCCUCCAUCACGGAUGUCCUCCAGGCCGCAGCAGCUGAGCACCAAGACCAGGGGCAGGAGGUCAAUGGGGAGAUGCGGAGUCGGACAGACAGCAUCUGCAGCAGUGUGUCCCUGGAAAGCUCUGCUGCCGAGACCCAUGACGCCAUGCUGCAGGCCCUUAAAGACAAGAUGAGGCUUGAAGGGCAGCUGGAGGCGCUGUCUGCAGAGGCCAGUCAGGCACUUAAAGAGAAGGCAGAGCUGCAGGCGCAGCUCGCCGCUCUGAGCACAAGGCUGCAGGCACAGGUGGACCAGAGCCACAGCAGCCAGCAGAAGCAGGACUCCCUCAGUUCGGAGGUGGACACCCUGAAGCAGUCUUGCUGGGACCUGGAGCGAGCGAUGACUGACCUGCAGAGCAUGCUGGAAGCCAAGAAUGCCAGCCUGGCGUCAUCCAACAGUGACCUGCAGGUGGCAGAGGAGCAGUACCAAAGACUCGUGGCCAAAGUGGAAGAGAUGCAGAGAAACAUCCUCAGUAAGGACAACACAGUGCAUGACUUGAGACAACAGAUGACGGCCCUGCAGAACCAGCUCCAGCAGGUGCAACUGGAACGAGCAACUCUGAGCAGCAAGUUGAAGGCGUCCCAGGCCGAGAUCUCAUCUCUGCAGCAUGUCCGGCAGUGGUACCAGCAGCAGCUCGCCCUGGCCCAGGAGGCCCGGGUCAGACUGCAGGGCGAGAUGGCCCAUAUCCAGGUUGGACAGAUGACCCAGGCAGGCCUCCUGGAGCACCUGAAACUUGAGAACGUGUCCCUGUCCCACCAGCUGACGGAAACCCAGCACAGAUCCAUUAAGGAGAAGGAACGCAUUGCUGUCCAGCUCCAGGGCAUUGAGGCCGACAUGUUGGACCAGGAAGCUGCCUUUGUGCAGAUUCAAGAGGCAAAGACAAUGGUGGAGGAGGACCUGCAGCGGAGGCUGGAGGAGUUUGAAGAUGAGAAGGAGCAGCUGCAGAAGAUGGCGGCCUCGGCUGCAUCCCUGGAACAGCAGUUGGAGCAGGUGAAUCUGACUUUGCAACAGCGAGACCAGCAGCUUGCGGUGUUACAGCAGGAGCACCUCGACCUGCUGAGGCAGCUCACCUCAACACAGGAGACAUUGCAGGCCCGGGAGCAGUCCCUCGGCGACCUGCAGAUGCGCUACGACGAGCUGCAUGCCAGGCUGGAGGAGCUGCAGGGGGAGGCCGCCUCCAGGGACGACACCAUCCACUUCCUGCAGAAUGAGAAGAUUGUCUUGGAGGUGGCUCUGCAGGCGGCCAGGAGCGGCAGGGAGGAGCUGGACAGAGGAGCCAAGCGCUUGGAAGAGGGCACCGAGGAGACAUCACAGGUUUUAGAGCAGUUGAGGCAAGAGUUAGCCGUGAAGUCCAGCCAGGUGGAGCACCUACAGCAAGAGGCCGCCACCCUGAAAAAGCAGACACAGAAAAUAAAGGAGCAGUUUCUUCAACAAAAGGUGAUGGUGGAGGCCUACCGGCGGGACGCCACCUCCAAGGACCAGCUCAUUGGUGAGCUGAAGGCCACGAAGAAGAGGCUUGACUCAGAGCUGAAGGAGUUGAGGCAAGAGUUAAUUAAACUUCAAGGGGAGAAAAAGUCUGUGGAGGUAGAACACGUGCGCUUGCAGAAGGAAGUGUCCCAUGUCCAUCAGCAGAUGGCCGACCUCGAAGGGCAUCUCCAGUCGGUGCAGAGGGAGCGCAACAAGAUGGAGACGCACUUGCAGUCUUUGCAGUUUGAUAAAGAGCAGAUGGUAGCUCUUACAGAGGCCAACGAGGUGCUCAAGAAGCAAAUUGAGGAACUACAGCAAGAAGCCACCAAGGCCAUCACAGAGCAGAAGCAGAGGAUGAAGCGGCUGGGCUCAGACCUCAGCAGCGCUCAGAAGGAGAUGAAGACCAAGCACAAGGCCUAUGAGAAUGCGGUGGGCAUCCUCAGCCGCCGCCUGCAGGAGGCCCUUGCAGCCAAGGAGUCGGCAGACGCAGAGCUGAGCCAGCUGAGAGCCCAGGUGGCCGGCGGUAGCCGUGACCUCCCUCUGCACGAGAGAAUCCAGGCUCUGGAGGCAGAACUGCAGGCUGUUGGCCACAGCAAGACGAUGCUGGAGAAGGAGCUCCAGGAGAUUAUCACACUGACCAGCCAGGAGCUGGAGGAGUACCGGGAGAAGGUGCUGGAGCUGGAGGACGAGCUUCAAGAAUCUAGAGGCUUUAGGAGGAAGAUAAAGCGCCUUGAGGAGUUGAAUAAAAAGUUGGCCCUUGAGUUAGAGCAUGAGCGAGGGAAGCUUACAGGCCUGGGGCAGUCCAACGCAGCUCUGCGGGAACACAACAGCAUCUUAGAAACAGCUUUGGCCAAGAGGGAGGCAGACCUGGUUCAGCUGAACCUCCAGGUCCAGGCAGUCUUGCAGCGGAAAGAGGAGGAGGACCGCCAGACGAAGCAGCUCGUCCACGCCUUACAGGCUGCGCUGGAGCGAGAAAAGGCCACCGUGCACAGCCUCAAGGAACAGGUCGCUGCCGCCAAGGCGGAAGCAGGACAUAACCGCCGCCACUUCAAGGCUGCCACCUUGGAGCUGAGUGAGGUGAAGAAGGAACUGCAGGCCAAGGAGCAGCUGGUGCAGAAGCUGCAGGCUGAGGCCGAGGGUCUCCAGAUUCAAGAGGGGAAACAUUCCCAGGAAAUAGCACAGUUCCAGGAGAAGCUGGAGGAGGCCCGGACCCAGCUCCAACUCCUGCAGAAGCAGCUAGACGAGCAGCUGAGCAAACAGCCUAUAGGGAACCAAGAGAUGGAAAAUCUCAAAUGGGAGGUGGAGCAGAAAGAAAGAGAAGUCCAGUCCUUGAGGCAGCAGCUGAACUUGACCGAGCAGCAGAGUAAGAAGGAACUGGAUGGAAUACAGCAGUUAUCACAGAACAUCAAAGCUGAGUUGGAGAUGGUGCAGGACGAUCUGUCCCUGACCCAGAAAGAUAAAUUCAUGCUUCAAGCUAAAGUGUCAGAGCUGAAGAACAACAUGAAGACUCUGCUCCAGCAAAACCAGCAGCUCAGACUGGACCUGCGGCGUGGCGCAGCGAAGACGAGAAAGGAACUGAAAGGCGAGGCCAGCUCUUCUGGCCCCGUGACUCCAGUGAAGAUCCCUGACUGCCCUGUCCCGGCCUCCCUGCUGGAGGAGCUGCUGAGGCCCCCACCUGCCGUGAGCAAGGAGCCCCUCAAGAACCUCAACAGUUGUCUCCAGCAGCUAAAGCAGGAGAUGGACAGCCUGCAGCGCCAGAUGGAGGCACAUGCCGUCACCGUGCACGAGUCACUGUCCUCAUGGACUCAGGGGGAUCCCGCUGCCAGUGCUGCUCCCCUGGGAGAUCACGCCAACCCCAGGGGAGAUACAGAGCGACACAGUCAGUGCAGGGUCUCCAGAGAGGCGCUUGGAACAGCGGCCGCCGAGCACCCCCACUCCGAGUGCUUGUAACUACCCAAAGGAAUAAUCUUUUAUCAAUAUUAUUUAUUUGACUGUUUGCUCUGUGUUUUUCUAAGAGAUGAAGUUUAAAUUUUGCAUCUGCCUUUUCAAGGAGUAAAAGAACUGAACAAGAGCCAAGGAUUAGAGAAAUCGUAAUUUGCAGAUCACAACUAGCUUUUCCCCUGAAAUGACCAAAUGCUAGCAACCUAGUUUAGAUCUCAGUGAGUUUUUGAAUGUGUCUGAAGGGUUACUUGCGGGAGGAGGUCUCUGUUGAGUGACUGUAGCUGCAGCCCCCUGAGGGUGAUGCCAGUCAGUGGCCACCGGUGGAAACGCUGCAUGACUGGGUCCCGCUUCUCUCUUUCCAGAUUCCGUGAGAGCUUUAGCUCCCUGCAGAAACGAAACUUUAUUUGCACCUUUGGUUUUUAUUUUCAAUAGCUAUCUCACCAUAGGAUGUGUAUAUAAAUACUGAAAAUCAUAAGCUAAUCUUUAAAAAGUGUAUUCCAUAUUAUUUAAGAAUGACCUGAAUUGUCUUUUUAUUGAUCGCCUUUUGAAAAUCUGCUGUCAGAAGUAACGUACAUGUAGGAUUUAGGGAUGUCAGUCAGAAAAUUAUAUUUUAAGAAAUAUAAUUAUUUUAUUUACUGUACCUUCUAAAACCAAAUAUUCUUGGAGCGAAAAGGUUUUUUGUUUCAGUUUCACUUUAUUUUUGAGAGCCUUGUCCUAAGUGCACACCCCACCCCAUCUGACCCUUGACCCUGCACGGCCUCACUCACUUUGGCUGUCCCCUAGGCGGGCCUGGCGGCCAUAAGGACACAAUCACCAUGUGCUGGCCUGACAUGGGAGAUGGUUGGGGAGGGGUCACAGGAGAGGAGGGGAGAGAGGGACCAGGGCUCCCUGCAGGGCUCUGAGCCAGGUGCAAGGCUUCUCCAGGCCUCCUCCCCCCGCCCCCCCCACCCCACCCCGGGCCCACAUGAAAAUACGUCCAUCAGAGCCUGUGUGGUCAUCAGUGGUCAUCAGGGGACAUGCUGAACUCAUUGCGGUGACAGCCUUCAGAAGGUCCCGUAACCUCUCAUCUGGAGGGUUUUCUAGAACGGGCAGGUCAGCUGUGUGAGAAGGCAGUGGAGGCCACCCGAGCUCUCCUGUAGGUGAGAGCCUGAUUUGGAAGCAGGCUCCGUGAGCGUGGGAGAUUUACUUGACUGUCUAUGACCCUGGAGGGCUGUAACUUUGUCCCCUACUGGCCAAGAAAUCUAAGCUGAUAGUGAACUGUUGUCAGAGAAGAGAGGCCCCCGGUGCAGAUCUGCUGGUCUGGAGAUGAAGUUGGAAGUGUUACUGAUCAGGCCAGAUAUGCUCGUGUCAACUUACUACUUACGUCUCUUUUGUGGAGAAAACGGUUUGAUAUUUUUAAGCUGUUUGUGUUCUCUUACGCUAUUAGAAGGUAAAUUGAUAAGGUAGCAUUAACCACAAAGACGCUUAGUGUUUAAAAAAAAUUCCCUAGCAAGUAUUGAAACUUCUGAAAUAUGUAGAUCACUUGUACAGGGUUAAUCUUGAAAUAAUACUUGAAGACUUCAUUAUAAAUAUAUCCUAUUUUCAUCUUAAGUUGGAAAUCGUUUUUGACAAAAUUGUUUUUGUACCAUUAGAAAAGAAAAAUCGUAACUUACAUUCUUAUUUAUUUUGGGUGUUUUAUCCUCAGUUUUAAUUUUAAAACCAAGACAUGACACUCAGCCUCAUGCUGUGGCUACUUUCUCACUGCUGCUUAUUGGAGGUCUCCCAGUGAAAGCCGGUCACUGUGCAUUUUUUAUUAGGAAAGGGUAAACGGAUUCUGAAUAAUCCUCAAGUGAAAGCAGAUUUCUGUUCCUCACCCUGUUUCCCUCAUGUCUUACUUGUGUCUGUGCACCUGCGGGCUUGUGCGGGCCUGCAGUAGCCGCGCCCCCUGCUCUCCUGCUGUCCUGUGCCACCGUCGUGGUCACCCCAUCUUUCAGUUCCGUCAACACCAGCCUGCCUCUGGUCUGACCUCCCUGGCUGUCCCCACGCACUGUGAUGUUUCUUGUGUGGCCUGCAGCUCCUGACCUGGGGCCCUUUUGUUCAAGCUGACACCACCUUUAGGCUUCUUAACAAGUCACUUGGAAGAGGAAGUUGGACUUUGAAAUCACCUGCUUCUGAUUUAUUGAGGGUUAUUAUUAUUUUUUUAAUCUCUAAGGGACUUGAUUGGCACUUCUACCUCCCAGGCUACAUUCUGCAGUGAGUAUCAUUUGAAAUAUUCUGUUUGUGGGCAGAAGUGGGAAUUUGGAAUUUACUCAUGGAAAACAACAGUCCAGUCGAUUAUUUAUAGGAACAGGCUUGCUGUUACAGUAUGUUUGUGUAUAUUAUUCACCCUGUGUGAUGAAUACCGUAUUUCUUGUUUCUCUUAUGUUCCAAAAAAAAAAGCUUAUUGCAGUGUGGUUAUCACUGAUUUUUCCAUGGAACACAUUGGAUAGAUGCCACAGAUCUUACGGAUUUACAUGGUUUUGUUCUACUGUUUGGAAGGUCUAACAGGCAAGGGUUUGAUAGGCUUUUUCUCUGGCCUGGGUCCAGGUCAUGGGACAGACCUGCUAGGAAGAUUCUCAUUACACUCUUUCUUAGUUUGAAGACUUUUGUUGGUGUAGGGUUACUUACUGCAGAAGCCACGGCAUAUAGUCCUACUCCUAUGAGUAACUUUUUAAAUAGAAAUGAAAUGUCCUGUGUAAAGAUUUCUAGUAGUGAAAGGGACCAGUAUAUCUGAAAGACAAAUGUCCUGGAGCCUUCCUCAAGGACCCCUGUGACGUGUGAGACGUCCUGAGCCUUACGCAAACACGUUCCAGGCAAAUCUGAUUGUGUGGUGGUCUCAGGUUAUAAUAGGACCCUUGAAGGUAAUGUUGUAGAGGGUCUAGAAAACUGGAUGGCUUUAAGUUACUCAUUUCUGUUAAAAAUUUCCUCAUGAAAGGGAGUCCUCCUCAGGUUGGGGCUGUUAGGGAAAAGGUGUCACCAUGCCCAACGAAUUGUAACUUUAAAAAGCAUGUUGAUUUUUUAUAAAUUUAAGUGUGCUGGGGAAUUCCUUAAAUUUUGUGCAAUAAACUAUUUUUUGUUAAA